AUGAAGUGGUUCAAGAAGAAGAAGUCUCGCACGUUAGAACCCGUCGAGGUUCUCCCUCGGAGCAACAGCUUGGCGCCACACGGAACCCCGCCUGUAUCAAGUCAGCUAUUGGCAAAGCUGCCUGGGCCCCUCCUCGAGCGCAUCUUCUCCUUCGUGUGCCCGCACACCCAAGAUGAGACCUACGAGAGCUGCGAGCAGUCUGCGGUUGAUGUCGGGGAUACUUGUAUGCUCUGCGACCUGCGGGAUCUCGCUCACUGCGCGCAAGUCUCGAGAAAAUGGAGGGUGCAUGCUUCAAAUGUGCAGUACCACAGCAUACGCAUCGAUGCCGUUCACUAUUGCCCUCUUGAAGAAAUCCUUGCUGAGAGGCGCAAACGCCGUUCCCGCAUGAAUCGAAAUGCCGAACCCGAAGACACUGCUCAGGCGCGGCUGAAGCUGCUCUGUAGGACGCUGGGGAACGACCAAGGAGGAUUCGCCCUGAAUGUACAAUUUUUGAAGACGCCGUAUAUGACACGAGAGACAUGCAAGCCGGAUCUUGCGCGGGCCGUUCAUGUUACCCCGAAUCUAAGAUAUGUCGACCUUCCUGAAGGGCUGUUUACGGAUGAUCCGUCUUGCCAUGCUUUGAAGGCGGAGAUACAGGCGCGAUGUCCAGAUCUGAGGAAGAUGUGCUAUAUGGGAGGAGCUGAGAAGAGCUUGGAGAUGCUUGCGAGUGGGAGAAUAUGGACAAAUCUGGAGGUGUUGGAGCUGUCAAGGUUGAAUAUGGAUCCAACAAUACUUCGUAUGGUCCUGGGAUCUCUACCUCAACUACACGCCCUGAAGGUCUCGGAUAUGAAAGCGUUCGACGAUGAUCUAUUCAAGUACAGCGAUAAUCUUCCUCCUUGGCCUCCUCUGGCAGAACUUAUAUUCGAAAAUACUCCAAAUCUUACGGCGGAAGGACUGAUAGCAUACCUGUUCCGUUCUGACACCCAAGACUCUCUCAAGACGUUGUCUCUCACAACCACAGGCGUCCACCCAUCGACACUACAACGGAUCCUCUCCGUGGCUCCAGCCCUCCAACAUCUCUCAUUAAUAGACACCGUAUCCACCUCUUUUCCAGGCAACCAAAAUGUCCAGCCCCUGAACUCUACAUCUCUCAAAAUAUUCCAUUACGAAAUCACAUCGGCAACAUCAGCAAACAUAUACACUAGCACUACUGCAAGCUACUACGAUUACCUAAGAUCCUCUCUCCUCUCCGGCGGGCUACCAAAACUGAAGGAGCUUUACGUGCGAGACCCAGAUUUUGCAGACUCCCUAAUCGACCUCGCCCUCCCUCCACCACCCUUCGGCCACUCCCCCUCAGCCUCACAAGACCGAAACCCCUUCCACCACAACCAAACCAGUCGCCCCCUUUCAUCCAACAACCCCUUCCUGUCACCCUCCUCCCCCAACUCCCCCUCGUCUCUCCCUUCACCAAGAGGUCUCCCCUCCUCCCUCGCAGUCUACAGCAAAGGCCUCGAGGAAAUGGAAUGGAAUUUCUCUCGCGUUCAACCUCCCACCCUCCCCGGUCGCCGGGGCUCAGCCACCACUCCUCGUCCAGUGAGCAGUUAUGGGUUGGAGAAUUUGAGAGCGUGGAAAGAUGAGAGAGGGGGUGUGAGAAAGAGUGUUGUUGUUGGAAAUGGGUGGGGAGGGUUUCUGGCUGUGCCGGUUGAUGGUGGUGGUGCGGGUGGGAGGCCGAGUAGCAGUGCGGGGGAGAGGGGGAAGAAGAGUGGGAGUAGUUACGAUAUGUUUCGUUGA